AUGAAAUUAGUGCUUGUUGGAAUCGGCGGGCCGUCGUCAUCGGGAAAAACUACCGUGGCCAAGGCACUCCAUCUGCUCUUCUCGAAGUCCACUCUCAUCCACUUGGACGACUUCUACUUCCCGGACGAUGAGAUUCCCUACGACUCCACUGCCGACAUCCAGAACUGGGACUGCGAGGAGGCUAUCGACUGGGUUCGUUUCAAGGAGUAUAUUGCCAAGGUACGCGAGACCAAUGGUGCCAUGUUGCCCAUGGAUUCGUUGGAAGUUGAUUCCGAGUUAAAGUUGACUCCACUGGAAAUCGAUGCAUUAAAACACCACGCUGACGCCAUUGAGUCGCAAGGCUACCACGUAGUGUUUGUUGAUGGGUUCAUGCUUUACCAUGACAAAGCAAUUCUUGAGUUGUUUGAUGUAAAGCUCUUUUUCCAUGCUCCAUAUAAGGUUUUGAAAGAAAGACGAGAGGCCCGUAAGGGCUACAAUACGGUGGCAGGGUUCUGGGAGGAUCCUCCGGGCUAUUUCGAUAAGAUAGUGUGGCCCGAGUUUAUUCGGUCUCAUAGUCAUCUCUUUGAGGAUGGAAAUGUAGAAGGUGCGCUCACCACAGAGUAUCAGAACCUUGGGUUGGCAGAUGUAGCCAACGAUGGCUCGAAGAGUUUAGCAGAAUUGAUUAAAUGGUCAAUGGAUCAAGUGACAAGGCAGAUCGCAGAUUUGGGACAAAAUGGAGCAUAG